AUGAGCCCGUUUGGGAGAGCGGCAGGCGUUCAAUCAGCCGCAGCUCCCCAGGGGGCUGAUUUCGUGCCGCCGGCAUAGCUAUAAUUUCAUGUCCAGAAUUGCCCAAGUCCCACUUUUCCCCACUUUUUUGCAGACAGCGGAUCAGGGGCAGCGCUGGUCCCCACCAGCCCGGACCCUCUCGCUGCGGACGAGCUGGUGGACAAGAUGGUCGGCGGAGCUGGGGAGCUCAGGCACGCCACGGGUUCGGCCGGCGGAGCCGGGGAUCUCGGGCACGCCACUGCCCUCAACCUGCUGCCGGCAGCGGAGGACGGCACCGAGCCGGCGGCGGAGGAGACGACACUGCUGAUGCAGAGCCACGUCCUGCCAAUGCCCACCGCCACCCCUGACGCUGAUGCAAAACAAACUUUCCCUGUUAAGAAAAAGCCACCUACUCUAAAGCAAGUAAAUAUGGCAAGGAAGCACCCGAGGCCCAAGCCCACCCUGCCGGGGCCCCCCAGGGCUGCCUCCCCAGCCAGCCCGCUGGGCUCCAGGCUCCCCAUCGCCUCGCAAGAGCCGCACACACCGGCAGAGGCAGUGGCCGGGGCGGGGGACGCGGAGCAGAGCCCCCCUGAGCUGCCCUGGGGGGGCCAGGCCACCACCAGCCGCCCCACGCUGCAGAUCUCCCCAUCCACCCUGCCACCGGCGAUCCCUCGUCCCUUCCCCGACAGCACGGGCGAUGCCGGCGAGGCUCCGACCAUGGCUCCCGCCAGCGCCGCUGUUAACUGGACAGACGGCGCAGAGAGAGAGGUGCACGGCUCCGCGUCAGAAGAGAGCCAAGAAACCACCACGUCCACCAUCAUCACCACCACCGUCAUAACCACGGAGCCCACCCCGGUCCUCUGCAGCAUGAGCUUCCACGACCCCGAGGGCUACAUCGACUCCACGGACUACCCGCCGCUGCCCCUGCACAGCUACCUGGAGUGCACCUACAACGUCACUGUCUACACGGGCUACGGCGUCGAGCUCCAGGUGAAGAGCGUGAACCUGUCGGACGGGGAGGUGCUCUCCAUCCGCGGGGUGGACGGCGAUGCUCUGGUGGUCCUGGCCAACCAGACCCUGCUGGUGGAGGGCCAGGUGAUCCGCAGCCCCACCAACACCAUCUCCGUCUACUUCCGCACCUUCCAGGACGAGGUGGUGGGGACCUUCCAGCUCCACUACCAAGUGUUUAUGCUGAGCUGCAACUUUCCACGGAGACCUGACUUCGGAGACGUCACCGUGAUGGAUUUGCACUCAGGUGGAAUUGCUCAUUUUCACUGUCACCUGGGCUACGAGCUGCAGGGUCCCAGGGUGCUUACGUGCAUCAACGCGUCGAGGCCACACUGGAGCAGCCCAGAGCCGAUCUGCUCAGCGCCCUGCGGCGGGACGGUCCACAAUGCCACCAUCGGCCGCGUCCUCUCGCCCAGCUACACGGGGAACCAGUCGAGCAGCAUGUACUGCGUGUGGGCGAUCGGGGCCCCCCCGGGCCAGAAGCUGCACCUACACUUCGAGAAGCUCCUGCUGACCGAGAAGGACAGGAUGGUGGUGUACAGUGGGGACACGAACCAGUCUGCCGUCCUCUACGACUCACUGCGCGCCGACAGCGUGCCCUUCGAAGGGGUGAUCAGCGACGGCUCCUCCAUCAGGAUCGACUUCCUCGCGGAGGAGCCCGCGGCCGCCACGGCUUUCAACAUACGCUUUGAAGCCUUCGAGCGGGGCCACUGCUACGAGCCCUACAUCCAGAAUGGGAACUUCACCACCUCCGACCCCACCUACAACCUGGGCACCACCGUGGAGUUCACGUGCGACCCCGGGCACUCCCUGGAGCAGGGCCCAGCCAUCAUCGAGUGCGUCAACAUGCGGGACCCGUACUGGAACGACACGGAGCCGCUGUGCCGAGCCACGUGCGGGGGGGAGCUGACCGCCGUGGCUGGGGUGAUCCUGUCCCCCAACUGGCCGGAGCCCUACGCGGAGGGGGAGGACUGCAUCUGGAGGGUCCACGUCAGCGAGGAGAAGCGGCUCUUCCUGGACAUCCAGCUGCUGAACCUCACCAACAGCGACAUCCUCACCAUUUACGAUGGGGACGAGCUCACCGCUCGCAUCCUCGGGCAGUACAUCGGCAGCAGCGGUCCCCAGAAGCUCUACUCCUCCAGCCCCGACCUCACCAUCCAGUUCCACUCAGACCCUGCCGGGCUCAUCUUUGGGAAGGGACAAGGAUUCAUCAUGAACUACAUAGAGGUGUCCCGCAACGACUCCUGCUCCGACCUGCCCGAGAUCCAGAACGGCUGGAAGACCACGUCGCACACGGAGCUGGUGAGAGGGGCCAAGAUCACCUACCAGUGCGACCCGGGCUACGACAUCGUGGGGAGCGACACCCUCACCUGCCAGUGGGACCUCAGCUGGAGCAGCGACCCCCCCUUCUGCGAAAAGAUUAUGUACUGCACGGACCCGGGUGAGGUGGAGCACUCAACCCGCCUCAUCUCCGACCCGGUGCUGCUGGUGGGGACCACCAUUCAGUACACGUGCAACCCCGGCUUCGUGCUGGAAGGCAGCUCGCUGCUGACCUGCUACAGCCGCGAGACGGGGACGCCCAUCUGGACCUCGCGGCUCCCGCACUGCGUCUCCGAGGAGUCGCUGGCCUGCGAUAAUCCAGGACUGCCGGAAAAUGGCUACCAAAUACUUUAUAAGCGCCUCUACUUGCCAGGAGAGUCCCUGACCUUUAUGUGCUAUGAGGGCUUUGAACUCAUGGGGGAGGUUACCAUCAAAUGCAUCCUGGGCCAGCCGUCCCACUGGAGCGGACCCCUGCCCAUCUGCAAAGUGAAUCAAGACAGCUUUGAACAUGCCCUGGAAGUAGCAGAAGCUGCUGCAGAGACAUCGCUCGAGGGGGGAAAUAUGGCCUUAGCCAUAUUCAUCCCGGUGCUGAUCAUCUCCUUGCUGCUGGGAGGAGCGUACAUCUAUCUCACAAGGUGUCGGUACUACUCCAGCCUCCGCCUGCCCCUCAUGUACUCCCACCCCUACAGCCAGAUCACGGUAGAAACGGAGUUCGACAACCCAAUUUAUGAGACAGGGGAAACAAGAGAAUACGAAGUUUCGAUAUAAGGACAGCGGUAAGAGAGUCUCCGGCUGCGAACUUAAUGUGCUCUCAUAGAACUUCCUCAGUAACUAAUCCAGAGACCACGUGGAGUUUGGUUGGACCCCCGGACCUGCUGUUGUCUUUCCUUUUGCCUCUUUAUUGAAGAUUUUACUGUUUUCUUCACUGUAUUUAUUCUAUUUAAACUGCGAUAGGUGUGCUGCAGAGCCCUGGGCGCAGGCAGCAGCGGGAGCUGGGGCAGAGCCGGGUCCCGGCGAGGCCAGGGCGGCGUGGGGGCACCCGCUGUCCCCCCCUGCACGGCGGCACGUCCCGCGGCACUGCCCGCACACACGCAGGGGGGAUUUUUGCGGUUCUGAUGUUGUUAAAAAUUAAAAAUGUCUCCAUUGCAAGAGCCUGCAGUUGAUUGCUGGGAGCUGAGGUAGGCGCAGGGUUU